GGCCGAAUCAUUCAAAUUUACAGGAAAUAUAACUAAAUUAAUUUCGUUAAAACCAAUUGUCUAUGUUAUCGGUUUGUUUACAGUUUCGAUUUCAAUUGCCUCAGGAAAAUGAAGUAAGAUUCCAAAAUGUCUGGAAUAAGGGUGAAGAAUAUUCCCAAGGAUGUGACUGAAAAGAAAAUAAGAAUCCAAUUUGCAAAACCUGAAAAUGGAGGUGGUAAAAUCAAGAAAAUUUACUUCCCUCUGUUAAACAAUGAUGCAGUCAUAAUUUAUGAGGACAAAUCAGUGGUUGAUAAUGUCCUUCAAACCAGCCAUGUGUUACAAUCCACAACAAUGGUGCUGGAAAGACUACCAGAACACAUGAUAUUCUCCAAACUGAGUGCUCGGCUGGACUCCAAUGCCUCAGUGCUGGUACAGGCCACACAAACCCUCCAGGACGAGAUGAUAUUCGGUGAAGGCAUCCAGAUGGUGUUAGAGGACGACCAGACAUACAGUCUCCAUGGUAACUGGUUCCAGCUGGAGUGGGCGUGGCACUACAUUGACUGCUUUAUGCAGCAACAGGAGAUUAUUCAACACACCAUCUCCAGCCAGACCCAGCAGUACGCGGGUACCCCACACGAGGUGGACAGAUCAGAGCGCAGCAAACACGCUAGUCUCAAUCGUUCACACGAAGCCCGGUCCCCUCCCUUUGAUACUGGACGGCAGGGUGACUUAGGGGCUGAUGGCUAUGUGUCACAGUCCAGAACAGGAACAAGAGACCCUGUAUCAGACUAUGGGGCUGAGAUGCAUCCCUCAAGAUCUAGACUCCGGGAAGAUGAUGAGGAUAAUUUCCAUACAUCAAGAUCAAGACACAGAGAUGAAAGAUCUGGAGCAAGAUCUCAGGCUCAGGACUAUGGGGCUGAUGCAAACCUAUUGUUGUCUGGUGCUACAAGAGACGAAGCUGCUGGGAACGAGUCAGCACAUUUGGAUCAUUCUAUCUCACUUGAUUCUGAGUCUUCUGGAGGAAGCGGGACACGAGGAACAGGAACACGUGGUAGAGACACAAGGGAAACAGGCCAGAGGGACCAGUCUCCACAUUCAGCAUCUGGUCACAGGUCGCCGCAAGCUGGUUACGAUGACAAUGAUCCAGAAACUUCAGAUCAAGAAAUGCGAAGAAAACAGAUGUACGUGGUAGAACAUCAGCUGGGUAAAAGUUCACCAAGCUCUGAUAGAGAAGGUAGAUUUGAUGCUUCUGUUUUGGCUGGAAAAGGUUUUUCUAUUCCCCCUGACACCAUGACGUCCUUAUCUCCCAUGCAGCUUGCACGGUCAGAUGAUCAGAACCAAACUUUCCAAAAGUUUUCGAGCCUUGGCCUUGGCGAUGACAGAAGACAAGCGUCUAAGAACUUCAAGGCUCCUAUUAACGAUGAUUAUUUAAGUUUGAGUAGGAGGUCACAACAUGAACACGAUCAUUCAGCUGCUAUCAAUUUAUGUGUUUCACCACGUGCAACCAGCCCAGUUGAUACAAGCAGUCAUUCAGGAGCCAAAUCGCUACAUCAUGAUUUGCCCAGUGUCAAGAAUAUUCCAGACCAUUAUACGGAGGACCAACUUUUGGCUUCUUUCUCAAUAAAUGGCUUACAGAUUGUGCUGUACUAUGGCGAUUUACGUGAAGAAACUAGCGAUGCCAUUGUGAACCCUGCAAACGAGUCACUUGAGCACUGGGGUGGCCUGGCUUACUUGCUUAGCAAAGCCAGAGGUAGAGAAAUGGAUGAGGAAUGUAGACGGUUUAUCCGAACCAAUGGUAAAUUAAAAACUACAGAAGUGAUGCACACAUCUGGGGGUGGAGCCCUACAUACUUCCAACAUAAUACAUGCAGCUGGUCCAAUGUGGAUAAGUGCCAGCUUCAGGGAGAAAUUUAUGAGGCAACUGACACAGACAUUCCUGAAUUGUUUCACCUACGCUAAUAAUCGCCUGUGGAUCAAGAGUUUGGCUCUCCCUACCAUUAGCACAGGUGUGUAUGGAGCUCCACUGGACAUAUGUGUAAGAUGUUUCCUGUAUGCUGCGCUGCUGUUCACAAACUCAAAUCCUGAGUCUGAGAGAAGAUUAGCUGACGUCCGUCUUGUGAACAACGAUGCCGAAAGUACCGUAACAUCCAUCGUUCUUGUGCAGACAAUGCUAGAAUCAUCAAUCUCAGAAUUGACAGCUGAGGCUGAAAAUAUCAUGGCAACCCCCGCAGAUGAUAGGUUUAGCUUUUUGGAGACUAAAACCAGAUCUUCUGACCUCGGUUCUUCUCUGCGUUUACCUAGAGGCAGACCAGAGAGUAGGCCAUUUACUAGUCCAACCGAUGAAGGAAAGGAGAGUACCUCAUCACUUUCUCGGAGACGAUCCUCUUCCCUAAGCCUUUCAACUUCAAACAAAAACCCUGCGUCGAGUGACACUGGUGUCCUGAAGUCAGCUGGUGCUCGGCCCCAGUUUGACACAAAUCAUAUUGGUACCACAACUAAGCCUCGUUCAGCCUCUGGGGUCCCCAAGUCGGAGAAAUUGGCCGCUGGUUUCAGUCAGACAUUCUCCCCUUCUUCAGCUUCAACUAUGAGUAAAGCUCUUGCAUCAACAUCUGGGACCAGAACUGCUCCCAAAAUCAAAAGCCAGCUUUUCCCUGAAACAAAACUGCACCAAAAGGACACAAAACCAACAUAUUCUGAACAUUCCGCAGGUACAUUUGACAUGAAAAGGGUAAGACCUGCAUUCAGCUCUCCCCAGCCUCAAGGUGAUAGUGACAACGACAGUGAUGAUAGAGGUAACGGCCUUCGCAGUUUGCCUGCUGAUCUGUCAGGAGCUACUAACUACCGUACAAAAUUCCUAGAAGGUGAGAAAAAAGUUCACAUUUGUGCCAUAUGCCUUGAUGACGUAAGAGACCCACACGUUCUGAAGUGCAAGCACGAAUUUUGUCGAUCCUGCAUUGAGAGCCACUUCAAGACCAAACCCUCAUGUCCAAUGUGUGGGUCAAUCUACGGAAAGAUCGUGGGUAAUCAGCCUAUAGGGGGAACCAUGACGAUGUACACGGUACGUGAUCAAUGUAUCGCUGGAUAUGAAAAGGAGGAUGGGAUGAUUGUUAUCACGUACAAGUUCCCAGAUGGAAUGCAGGAUGCCACACAUCCCCACCCUGGCAGGAGCUACAAAGGCAUCAAGAGGACCUGUUACCUGCCCAACUCCGCAGAGGGGAGAGAGGUGAAACGAUUGUUGAAGAAGGCUUUUGAUGCUCGCCUCCUGUUCACUGUGGGUGACUCGAGGACCUCUGGAAAGACUGAUGUUCUCACAUGGAAUGACGUGCACCACAAGACAAGCAUCGAUGGCGGGCCAACAAAGUUUGGCUAUCCUGACCCGAAAUAUCUGAAGAGAGUGAAAGAAGAACUAGCAGCCAAAGGGAUCACCAGCGCCUAACUGCGUGCAUAAGAAGACUUCAACAGCACUGGAUUAGUGUGCACCAGAAGACAUCCGUAACUUAGUAUUGGAGGAGACUCCAUUGACCGCUAAAGAAAGAUGAUUUGAUGCCAACUGUUUGUGUUUGAGGGACUUGAACCAUUCUGCGGGGUUGAUGCUUAAGAAUAGUAGUACAUGUACUCUAAGAAUUGAAGUACCGGUAUUCUAAUUAGAUCCCUUAAUAAACUGGAUAGAAAUAUUUUGUGACAAAAAGGCUGUCCACCUCAGCACUCUGCAACCAAACAAGUUAACUUUAGUGUUGAUCAAAUACAACUAAUCAUGGUUUCUUUGUCAUGAUACACCUCUGAAUCACUGAUUUGUAGAUCUUUUUUCUCACUUAACUAUCACGAUUAUCUGUGUCAUUUGUGGUUAGAUGGAAGUUAAGUGUACUUUAACAGAUUGUGCGAAUUGCCGCUUGUCAUAAACACGUUAAGAAAUGACAAUUGUUGAACAUCUUAAUGUGUUUGAUUUGGUUCAAAUAGAACAUGUAUACCCAUGUUUUGUUCAUUACAUGUAUUUAUUAAUAUUUACAAUUAGAUCAUUUGUUUGUUUUAAGUUCAAACCUAGAGGUACUACCCCAGGGUUGUUUAAAUAUAUUUAUUUUAAUAAAAAGCCUAAAGUCUAUUGAGAUUUUCUUCAGUCAACACAUUUCUUAGUUAUGUGACUUCAAACUUGAUCAUGACUGUCCAAUGAAAUGUUUGAAACUGUGUUGAGCUAGCUUCUUCCACAUGUUUCGUGUAUUUCAAUAGAAACUUGAAAAUAGUCUUAUAAAGCGUAAUUUGCAAGGCACUUGUAUAAUGCACAGGGAUAUAAACAUGUCCGAGUUUCUCACUCUUGAACAUUGCGGACAUAGCAGUAUGAAAGGUAUUAUUCAUUUUUAUGCCCCCCUUCGAAGAAGAGGGGGUAUAUUGCUUUGCUCAUGUCGGUCUGUCGGUCGGUCUGUCGGUCCGUCCACCAGGUGGUUGUCAGAUGAUAACUCAAGAACGCUUGGGCCUAGGAUCAUGAAACUUCAUAGGUACAUUGAUCAUGACUCGCAGAUGACCCCUAUUGAUUUUCAGGUCACUAAGUCAAAGGUCAAGGUCAAGGUGACCCGAAAUAGUAAAAUGGUUUCCCGAUGAUAACUCAAGAACGCUUAUGGUUAGGAUCAUGAAACUUUAUAGGUACAUUGAUCAUGACUCGAAGAUGACCCCUAUUGAUUUUCAGGUCAAAGGUCAAGGUCACUGUGACAAAAAACAUAUUCACACAAUUGCUGUCACUACAACUGAGAGCCCGUAUGGGGGGCAUGCAUGUUUUACAAACAGCCCUUGUUAUAAUAAAGUUCAUGAUUUUAAUGUGGUUUGUUUUGAUUAACUUCGUCAGUUUUUGAGAAACAUUCCAAUGUUUGACAAGUUUGUUAUUUUAUACAACGAACUUAUAAAAAAUUUACCAAUGUUAAUGAUGUGUUAUUUUGAUUUUAAAGGCUAUGUAUAACAUGAUCUUUUGUAUUUUUAUGUAAAUCAGAUAUUUGAGGUUAAUGUAUUUCUUUUAAUUGUUUUGUUAAUCUAUUAUUGAAAGUAUAUUUGUUUGUGACAUUGCACAUGAAACCUUUCAAAUGCCAUAACAUAUAUGUUUAUUUUUUUUUUUAAUUUUAAAUGUUAAUAUAGUUUUAUCAAGAAUCAUGUUUAUUAUCCCCCGCCAUCGGCGGAGGGAUAUUGUUUUGGGGUUGUCCGUCCGUCUUUCCGUCUGUCCGUCCGAAGCCAUAUCUUGGAAGUGCUUUGGCUUUGAAACAUGGCAUGAGUAUAUAUAUAGAUAAGGGGAUGAUGCACGCCAAAUGGCAUUGUACAUCAUCUGUUAAUAACGGAGUUAUGGCCCUUGGUAUCUUGAAAAAAUAAUUCUUUGAGUGUCAAAUAUAACACUUUUGUGUCCAGAAGCAUAUUGGCGGGGGAUAUCAAUUCAACGAAUUUGCUUGUUAGUCCCCUACCGGUUUCACCGGAGGAGACUUAUGGUUUGCGCUCUGUCUGUCAGUCAGUCUGUAAGUCUGUCAGUCAGUCAGUCAAGUCAGUCUGUCUGUCACACUUUUCUGGAUCCUGCGAUAACUUUAAAAGUUCUUAAUAUUUGUUCAUGAAACUUGGAACAUGGAUAGAUGUCAAUAUGGACAAUAUGCACGUCAUUCCAUUUCGUUUCUACGUCAAAAAUUCUGGUUGCUAUGGCAACAAAUAGACUAAAAAUACUGCUAAAAUGGUGAUUUUCUGGAUCCUGCGAUAACUUUUAAAGUUCUUAAUAUUUUUUCAUGAAACUUGAAACAUGGAUAGAUGGCAAUAUGGACAUUAUGCACGUCAUUUCAUUUUGUUCCUACGUCAAAAUAUGGUUGCUAUAGCAACAAAUAUAUAUAAAAAUAUUCUGAAAAUGGUGGAAUUUCUGACAAUGGUGGAGCCGGUAGGGGACUUAUAUUGCUUGACAAUAGUCUUGUUAUAUAUAUGUUGGAAACAAAUUAUUAUCGUUGUUUAAAAUAAAAAAUGAAACAAGAUUGUGAUAUCCAUAUCUAAAAUAUCAGCAGUAUAGGUGUGAUUAUUUUGUCAAUUGAUUUAGUCGAUAAUCUCCAAUUUUUUUCCUUUCAAAAGUUGCAAAAUAUUUGCUUAUAAUGAUAUUAAAUUACGUCAGUUAUCCGUCCUUCAAUAUUCGGUGUUCACUUUAUUAUCCAAAUAAGCAUGUGUUUCCUUAGUCGAGUCAUGAUUUACCAGGUAUAAAACUGUAUUGUGUACAUGUUAAGACAGUAUUAAUACUGCUUCUUGUAUAUCAUGCAUAUUUGUAUUAUGUAAUAUAAUAAUACCACAUAUAAAAUCAAAUUGGAAACAUGAUAGCAAUCUAUCGUGUAUAUUAAAUUACUCAAAGCAUGUCUCGAUAUUAAUUUUAGUAUACGGAACGCACAUCGAAUACUAUACCUUUUGUUUUACAGCAUCAAUUUAAAGAAAACAGUUCCCCUUUUGGGGGUUUUACACACUUUACAUUAGCAACUGAAUAUACUUUCUGUAAUCAUAUCAGGUUGUAGUAUGCAUUAUUAUGAAUAAUAAACAAUCUCACAGAGCAGAA